AGCUCCCCGAGAAAGACAGUGGUAUGGUAACUCGAAAAGCUUAUAAGAUCCAAGAUGUCAACAGAACGAAACGCAUAGGGAUUGUAGCUAACAAUUUUAACGAUCUGAAGAAGAAAGGCAAGAAAAGACUCGCUAUAGCUGGGGAUUGUAGAGUGUGUUUGGAGGACGGAACCAUAGUAGACGAUGAAGAUUACUUUAUCACUCUACCACAUCAAACAGUCUUUGUAUUUGUGCAACCCAAUGAAACAUGGGAAGGAUGUAAGUGAAAGGUUUGAGUCUUUGACCUUCUCUUACCGAGAAAGCUAAUAAUUAUUAAUUCACCAGGGGUGUCUCAUCAAAUGUUCGACAAUGGUGCCUAAUUCCUGUGAGUUCAAUUCGAUUUGUUCCAUUUGUUCGACUGGGCACCCCUAUGCUAAGAAAUCGUAUCACUCGAUAAUCGAAAUUUAAAGGUUUUUUUCAUUCUUGCUUAAAUUUUUUUGAGAGACUCCUUCCCCCCCCGUGAGAGAUUUAACCGACCCCACUGUUCAAUAUUUGAAUUGCCUUUCUUUGUUGGUUGAAUUGAGUAAAGAAAUACAGUAGAAGAUGGAUAGAUCUGCCCAUUUACACUAAGCCCAUACUUGAAUACUACCAUGGUGCUGAUACUGAAAUUAACCCUUGCACUGCAUACUAAGUUUGUCUUCUUGUUUACAUGCAAAUAUGUUAAUAUAAAAGAUGGCCUUAAUGCUGGUCAGAACAUCAGAAAAACUUAUUUAAGGAUUGCACCUCUAAUGAUUGUUUUUAUAAGACUUAUUCUGUUUUUAUGAUACCAUACUGCUGGUGCAUUAGGUCCUACUUUUAUUAUAACAGCUCUGAAAAAAAACAUAGUUUCCUUUUCUCUUACUUGUGUGUAAACAAUAGAAACUUACAAGAGAUUAACUGAUUUUUUACUUGGUUUCAAAAUGGGAGAUUCAAGUGUCUUGCUUUAGUCCUCAUUCUGAAUAUUAUUAUAUCUGUUUUCUCAUUCUUUUUCUGUAUAAGAUUUAAUAAUCUGGAGGCCAACUCCUAAACUGUAUAUGUCUCCAGGCAUAAAAAAGUACUUGGAAAUUUAGUGUUUCUUCUCACUCUCUCUCAUUUGUAUACAUAUAAUUGAUUUUUAAAUUUUUACUCUUGAAUUCUGUUCCCACAGAAAAACUACAGUUUGAUACUUAAUGCCUGAAACUCUCCACUUUUAAAUCAAUAUUUAACUCUGUAUAUAUAUUGCAAAGUAAAAAAGUGAAAAUGGCAUCAUCAUCAUCACUGUUAUUAUCAUUACUACUUGGUGUUAUUAUUUUUAUCAAUGUCAUUAUGAAAACUUUUUUUUUUUAGUAAAAUGAAUGACUACCUAAAUAAAAUUUAGGUAAGAUAGAAUCCAAAGAAUUCUCUCAAUGAUGGUGCUGUAAUUGUGAAAAAAAAAUCAGAUGUAGAGGAACCUUGUAUGAAACCAUCUUAAUUAAGUUCCUAAACAUGGGCAAGUAUUUAAAAUUAUACAUACGAAAGUAGUUUUCUGAAAUACAAUGCUGAACCUUGUACCACAUGGUCUUUAAUUGCAUUUUCAGAUGUGACUGUUCUGAAGAAUGCUACUGAGAAGAUUUUCAGAGCUAUGUCUCGGCGAAAUGAGAUCAUUGAACAGAUUUAUGAUGUUAUGCACGGUUCUAAGUCAAACGAAAUGUAUACUGUCAUGUUGGAACUUGUCAAUCGUCUAGAUGAUAAUAUCGAGGCAGAGGAACGUAGUGAAGAUGAGGCCUGGUUUAAUGGUCUUAGCCAAUCCUUCAACACCAAAGAAGAUGCCAUGAGAAGUGCUGCAAAAUCCAGAGUCAGGAAAUACUUUUCCAAUGCAAAGGAGUCUUUUGAGAAAGUAAGUUCCCUGUGCAAUUAUGCAAUAUGAAUUUGUUUUGAUUUGCAAAAACCUGCUCAUUAGGUGUUUGCUUUACGGCUGGUGGUGGUCUUGAUGAUGAAACUACUGAGGGUUUAAUAUCAAGGAUGGUACCCAGGUGCAGUCCAGGGACGACCUAUCAAAAAGUUGAUGGCUAACAACUUUGUUUCUAAAGCUCAGGGGAGGGGUAGGGGAAAGGUAGGUUUAGGAAGCUUUGGUCAAUUUGAUUCCAACUUUUUCUUUCCUUACUUUUUUGGCAAGCUGCCUAGCUAAGCUGUUUUCAUGCUAGUGCAUUGCUGCAGCCUAGCCAGGGAGCCAGUCCUUGUGGGUAGGGAGGAGGCUGGGUGUCAAAAGUGCAGGGUUGGGGCCGGGGCCGGGGAGGGUGUAAAAUUGACUCUGGAUUUUGGGUUUAGUUUAUUGUCCCCUUGGGUAGUUUUUUUAUUUCCAAUCAGAUACAUGAAUCAGUUGUAUACGAGUAAUAACCCUGUUUUCUUACUCAAGCUAAUGCAUGGCACACUUCAAUAAUGUACAUGUAGGAAGUUACUGACUGGACUGGUUUUGUUUCAUCUCUACAUCACUAAAAAUUGUGGCAAAGGGUAAAUCAAAUGAGCUUGCCAUCUGCUUACAGUCCUUUAAAAUCACUCUAUGGAAGGGUAGUACAAGUACUUACUCACUUCUGUUAAAAGCCACAUUGGAUAGAUUCUUAGAAAAAGUUUUAUUUUUUGAAUGAUUAUUAACGAACUAUACUACACGCAGUUAGCUCAGUUUCUUCCAAAAUGUAUCGAUUUCUUAGGAAAAUAGGUGUGUUGAAGGACAUUUAAUACCACCAUGAUUAAAGUAUAACAAGUACAUAAACCUCCACAACAACAACAGAAGAAAAAUGGUUUGAACCUAAGGUGUUACAUUUGAUCAUAUCCUUACAAGUUCCUACCAUUGAUUACGACUGUUAUUUCGAUAACUUAAACCGCUCAUGUUUUUGAAACGUUGGUCAUUUUCAUCCACAUCAGUUGUUUUCAGGACUACUCUCACCCGCCCUGAAUCACUGAAUGUGAGCGAAAUAAGACUUUCGGUUUUCAUUCGCUUUGGAUCAAUAUCGGCCAGUGUAAACAUAGCGCUAGAAGCGGUAGGACUUCGGAGAGAAGGUCAAUUGUUUACGCCCUGACAAAUUAAUGUUAUUAACAUGAAAGAAUGGCCUGCCCCGAAAAGAAAAAUGAUAUAAAGUGGUAUUGCAAUAAGCAAGCUUACUCCGGUAAAUCUAGCCACAAGGGGCAUUAACUGAAAUACUUGUUCUCCUCUACGGAGAUUGAAAAGAUACCUUCCCUCAACAGUUACGCAAGAAUAAUUUAUCAUCCUAAAAUACUUUGAAAAGAAUCAUACAGAAGAAGAGACAGACAUUAUCUUCACUACUUAUCUAACGUAUUUUCCGAUCGUAACAGCCUAGACAAAAUUGAUCGCAGAUUUCUGUUUGAUCUAGAAGUAACAUCAGUGAUGGUAAUAUUUACGGAUGGGAUAACGUUUACUAUCAACUUCUUUAGCGCAGAAACUGCACGGAAAAGUUAAAUUUGAAUAGCUCGUUUGCUUUUUCAAAGCAUUUCCCGUCAUUUAAGUGGGGUGAAAAUCAAAAUUUUCCCCUCAAGGGCUGACGCUUACGAGUUCGCCUCUAAGUCCCCUCACUCGAAAUCAUACUGUACGAGCCCCGAGAUUUCGUGUCAUCAGUUUACGAUUUAAAACCUUAAAGGUACUUGAAAGGUUUUACGAUGGUAAAGUAUUUUAUCCCUGAAGGGCACUAUGAGCACCCUUGCCCUUUAAACAGGGCAUUAUCCUCCGGAUUUCCAAGAUGGCGUUGUGUUGCAGCACCUUCCUCCUCAACAGAGCCCCCAUAAUAUGUCCGAAUGAUCAGCAAUUUGAUUGAAAUUAAAUAGAGUUUCAACAAAUGGGAUCAAUGAAAAUUCCUAAAGUGGAGAUGCUGACCUUCUCAACGUUUGGAGAAAGAAGAUUGACUGAAAUUGAAAUCACCCUUAUUUGUGUGGCCGCAAUUAGUUUUUGCAGCGCAACUCUUUUAAGUUCCGAUUAUCAAAGUCUCUCAGGAGAUUAGAAAUAUCUCAUCACGACCUUUUAAAGUGGAAAAAUUACAUGCCGGUCAAGCUAUAGAAUCACGAACUUACACGUGUGUUUAUUAAUGCCUCUAAAGGGCUUAUGGUUAAGUACAUAUUAUUUAUUGACCGCCACAUAUCUUUCAUUCAGGCGUCAAAGAAAGCUCAGCCUCUCCUAUCGAGCACCCUAAAGCAAUUUCAAGAGGAAUUAAAAAAGCGUCAAUAUUUUGGUGAUUACUUUGCUAGAUCUGCUAAUGACCAACUGCGUCUGUGUUGUGAAAAGGGGUGGUUCAGCUGUGAGGGGCCUUACAAUGAAAAAACUUGUUCACACCUGCACACCAUCAAUCCAUAUGGUAGCAAGGAGAGCAGAGUCCUGUUUAGUACGUGGAACCUCGAUCAUGUGUAAGUAUUGUUCUCCAUUACUUUAUUUUUUUUUUAAUUAAGAAUUUCAGUGUUCAGUUUCCAGCCCUUCAUAGCCGUUAGUGCUAGACAUGUUUUGAAAGUACAGUUAAACAUUCUUACAAUGUUUGAACCGAGGGUGAGCUUACUCCCCAAUUCUACCGCAAUGAUAACUAUAAUAGUUUGAGUGUAAAGUUUUACGUUUCCUAAUUUUUUAAUCAGUCGUAGGUCGUGAUGGGGUGACCGUUCCAGGCGAACUUAAGGCAAGAAGAGGUCUUAUAGUCUCUAUCGUUGAUCAGAGCGCAGCAAAAUUUUAUUUUUAUUUUUAUUUUUGAAUGUUAAACUGCGUAAUUUCAAGUGGAAGCAAGGCCUAGCACUAAGGUGUCUCCUGAAGUCUGGAAUGCCAGACAUUUACACCCUUCUUCUUAAGUCUCGACUUCCUGGGACUCGUCAAGUGCAGUCUUAAAGUCUCUCACGAAAGCAAGUUUUGCAGAAAACGGUCGGGCAAGGAAGCGCAUAGAGGAUAACUAUGUCCUUCCUAUGCUUACUGAACCGCAAAUCCUCGCAGUUUGCAGUUACAAAGGGUUCCGCACUCGUGAAAUGUGCCACAUUCUGACGGCUUUAAAAAGAGGUCAUUACGUUGCAUGUUGACUUGGGACAAUAGUCCUUCUCCACCUUCAAAGGUUGGGAGCAGACUCGUCGUAAUCGUCGGUUGACAUCCACCAAAAAGGCAUAACUGUUUAAGAAAAAGCGCCUAGAAGGUUUAUACUAGGGGCACUGUUGACAAUCAGUGUGUUUUGUAGCGAUAAACUAAAGUAAAUGCUUAUACGUGUGACAUUGUUUUCUAUUAAUUGAAUUAGUUUGUCACCGUUUCUUCAAGGGCUUUUUACCAAGCUGCUGAGGGAAGUUUCCGGACAUUUUAUUUCGUUAGAUAUAGGUGGCUGGCGAAUGAAACGAGAGUGCCUAACUCAUUGUUAACUUCACACAUGCAGGACAAAUUAUUAUUUCCUGAGGAGAAUCAAAUCUUGCUUUCUUCAUUUUCUGUUAAUUGAUCUGUCGCCUCACCCUGUGUAUUUUUAACCUCUUCCAGAAUUGAGAAGUCACGACAGAUUUUUCCAGCAAUUAUCCAGGCCGCUGAAAAGUGCCCUAAAGAAAGCGUAUUAAACUGGAAGUACUUUUUUAGCUUGCUUUUCACAAGGGAGAAUCUUAAACUGGUCCAUAUCGGGUGCCAUGUAAAAGGAGGACAUGAAGGAUUUGAAUGCCAAUCCAAAUAUUUUUAUAUGAAAUCAAAACGGUAA